ACGCGCCCGUGGAUGACAGAGCCUGGCUGGGCAAUGCAGCCUGAGCUCCUCCGCUCUGCCUCCGUGUGCCGCGCGCCUUCCCGUCCCUGCGCCCGGCGGGGCACGAGAGCCAGGAGCUCGCGGAGCUCCAGCGCGGACUGAACACUGAGGAGAGAGAGAGAGAGAGAGAGCAGAGAGCAGAGAAGAGACAGAGAGAGAGAAGAGGAGAGAGAGACAGAGAGUGCGCCAUUCUUCUGGAGCUCGUUUGGUUGAGACAUGCCAGUUCCAGAGCAGUCAGCCGAAGCGGAGAACCCUGCCAUGCUGAGCCCGGGGCUAAACGCCUCCAACGGGGACAAAGCUGAAACAGAGACCACCUCCGCCAUCCUGGCCUCAGUGAAAGAGCAGGAGCUGCAGUUUGAAAGACUGACUCGAGAGCUAGAGGCUGAACGUCAAAUAGUUGCCACCCAGCUAGAGAGAUGCAAACUGGGAUCUGAGACUGGCGGCAGCAUGAGCAGCAUAAGUUCACAGGAUGAACAUCUUCGCUGGAAUACUGAAGAUGGACAGAAAGACAUCGAGGAGGAACUGAACACUGGGCUGGAGCUUGUUGACUCGUGCAUCAGAUCCCUGCAGGAGUCCGGAAUACUGGACCACCAAGAAUACAGCACAAGUGACCGACUGCUCUCUCAGAGCUCGCUGCAGCUCGGCUCCAACCCGGAGGGCUCCCUCCAGUACUCCGCCGGCUACCAUAGCAACCAGCCCCUGAACGACGGCUCGUCUUCUUCGGCCUCUCCCCAGAAUCUGCCUCCGCCGCCUCCGGUGCGGUCCAGCGGUCAGCCGGGAGGAGCCGUCCACACCUACAACCAGGUGACGUCCAGCCGCGCCGCGCUGCUGGCUGCGGGAGACCCGGCUCAGCUUCAGAGCCAUGGCAGCGUCCUGCAGCACCUGUCUGAGCCACAGCAGCAGUCGUGUCAGGGCCCGGGCCUCUACUAUUCCAGCUCCACGCUGCCUGGCCCGCGCGUCAACUCUCCCUUAAGCUCAAUGCAGCCCACCGCCGCCACUGCAGGCUCGCCCACCAAACUCCAACGCCUGCCUUCCUCUUCCUCCUCCGCCUCCCCCAAGCCCUCUCCUGGCCGGCUCGCCAAGUCCUACAGCAGCAGCUCGCCCAUCAACGCAGCGGGCACUGGGGGCUCUGCCUCCGGCUCACCCUUGCGCCUGGCAUCCCCGCCCAACAACUCGUCCCCUCUUCACCACCAACUGAGCGUGGGCAGCUACGCUACGCUCUCGCCCACCAAGCGGCUGGUGCACUCCUCGGAACAGUACAAGAUUUCCCACGACCUGUACGCUACCGCUACUCUGCAGAGACCCGGAAGCCUUGCAGGAUCACGAGGUUCGUACAGCAGCCAGCACAGCCACCUGGGCCCCGAGCUGAGGCCCCUGCAGUCCCCCGAACACCACAUUGACCCCAUCUAUGAGGACAGGGUCUACCAGAAAGCUCAGAUGAGGAGCCUGAGUCAGAGUCAAGGGGAACCCCUCCCCCCGGGGCACACUGGGACAUACCGUACCAACACAGCCCCGUCCUCCCCUGGUGUUGACUCCGUACCCUUGCAGCGAACAGGAAGUCAGAAUGCCACCGGGACGUUCCCGCGGGGCGGCUACACGUCUGGAUCCGCCGCCAGCUACACCGACCCUUACCGGACCUUGCAGUACUGCUCGUCUGUGGAGUCUCCCUACAGCAAGUCUGGCCCCGCCCUGCCUCCAGAGGGCAACCUGGCCCGCUCACCCUCCAUAGACAGCAUCCAGAAGGACCCGAGGGAGUUUGGUUGGAGAGACCCUGAGCUGCCUGAAGUUAUUCAGAUGCUCCAGCAUCAGUUCCCCUCAGUUCAGUCCAAUGCUGCGGCGUACCUCCAGCACCUGUGCUUCGGAGACAACAAGAUUAAAGCCGAGAUCCGAAGGCAGGGAGGCAUCCCAUUGCUGGUGGACCUGUUGGACCACAGGAUGGCUGAGGUGCACCGGAGUGCUUGCGGGGCUCUAAGGAAUUUGGUUUAUGGAAAAGCUAACGACGAUAACAAGAUUGCUCUGAAGAACUGUGGAGGCAUCCCUGCGCUGGUCCGCCUGCUGCGCAAGACCUCAGACGUGGACAUCAGAGAGCUGGUCACAGGGGUGCUCUGGAACCUGUCCUCCUGUGAUGCUUUAAAGAUGCCCAUCAUUCAGGACGCUCUGGCAGUUCUGACCAACACAGUCAUCAUUCCUCUGUCUGCCUGGGACGUCUCACCACAUCAGGAGGACCGCAAGCUGCAGAUGCACACCUCCCAGGUCCUCCGCAACGCCACCGGCUGCCUGAGAAACGUGAGCUCGGCGGGGGAGGAGGCGAGGAGGCGGAUGAGAGAGUGUGAGGGGCUGACUGACGCUCUACUUUUUGUCAUCCAGACUGCACUGGGGAGCAGUGAGAUUGAUAGCAAGACCAUAGAAAACUGUGUGUGUAUCUUGCGGAACCUUUCGUACCGGCUCGCAGCAGAAACUUCUCAGGGACAGCAGAUGGGCACCGAUGAGUUAGACGGCCUGCUGUGCAGCGAUGCCAAUGGCAAAGAUGGAGAGAGUUCGGGCUGCUGGGGGAAGAAGAAGAAGAAAAAGAAGUCGCAGGAUCAGUGGGAUGGCGUAGGCCCACUUCCGGACACGUCGGAGCCUCCCAAGGGGAUCCAGAUGUUAUGGCACCCGUCCAUAGUGAAGCCCUACCUCACCCUGCUGUCUGAAUGCUCUAACCCGGACACGCUGGAGGGAGCAGCCGGGGCACUGCAGAACCUGGCUGCAGGGAGCUGGAAGUGGUCAGUCUAUAUCCGGGCAGCAGUGAGGAAAGAGAAGGGUCUCCCCAUUCUCGUCGAGCUCUUGAGGAUAGAUAACGACCGGGUGGUGUGUGCAGUGGCUACAGCGUUACGAAACAUGGCCUUAGAUGUGAGGAAUAAAGAAUUGAUUGGGAAGUAUGCAAUGCGAGAUUUGGUCCAUCGUCUGCCGGGGGGCAACAACGCCAGCAGCACCAGCGGAGGCAGCGGUGGUACCGCCAACAGCACGGCCAGCAAAACCAUGUCAGACGACACGGUGACUGCUAUCUGCUGCGCCCUGCACGAGGUCAUCACCAAGAACAUGGAGAAUGCCAAAGCUCUGCGAGACGCCGGUGGCAUCGAGAAGCUCAUCGGUAUCGCCAGGAGCAAAGGAGAUAAACAUUCGCCCAAGGUGGUGAAAGCAGCAUCUCAGGUCCUCAGCAGCAUGUGGCAGUACAGAGACCUGCGCAGCCUUUACAAAAAGGAUGGCUAUUCACAGUAUCACUUUGUUGGCUCUGCCUCAACAAUAGAGAGGGACAGACAAAGACCUUACUCUUCCUCCCGCACGCCCUCCGUCUCUCCAGUUCGGACCUCCCCUAACAAUCGAUCAGCGAGCGCCCCCGCCUCACCCAGAGAGAUGAUCAGCCUCAAGGAGAGGAAGACAGACUACGAGUCCACUGGAACCAAUGCUAGUUUCCAUGGAAACAAAGGAGAGCACACAUCCAGGAAAGACGCCAUGGCAGUUCAAGUCUCCUGUGGAACCUCCACUCUUUUCCGCAACUCGUAUGUGACUCCAAAUGAAGAGAUCAAACACAACCAGGUCCCACCAAACCCAGUUGCACAGGAGAGCGUGCGGAAGGACUACGACACGCUUCCACCCUUUCAGAACUCAACCAGGAACUUUGAGGAGCCCUUUUUUGAGGAUACGGUGCACCGCCCUGCUCCCACCACCGAUCUCAGUAUGCACCUGGGACUAAAGUCCACCGGCAACUACGUGGACUUCUAUUCCGCUGCCCGUCCCUAUAGCGAACUCAACUACGAGACGAGUCACUACCCGGCCUCGCCCGACUCCUGGGUGUAGGACAUGGUGACCGUCCAACCCCCCAUCCCCACCUACCCCCCACGGUCCGGGGGGUGCUCGCGGACAGGCUGGAAAACUGUGCAUGUGCAUGCAUACCACUAAACAUUUCUUCAGCGAGUUUUUGUUUGUCCCAAAAUAAAAAGCUAGUUCCACUGAGAGAGAGAGAGCGAGCGAGAAAGCAGGAGAGCAAGCGAAAGAGAGAAAGAGAGCAACAGGUGCUGUGAAAGGGAAGCAAAGUUGUUAGAAAAGAAUGUAAAAAAAAAGUGAAGUUAAAGAAAUGAUAAAAGCAGAAAGGGCAAGAGAGCACUUAAUAGAGGCUACAGUAGGAACGGUUCAGGAUGUCAAAAGUAGGAAAAAGAAAAGCACACAAAUACGUGGAUCAGAAAGUGGAUGAAGCAAGUGGUUGGUUUACAAGGAAGAUUGGGAACAGCUUUUCACAUUUCUUUUCUGUUUUCUUCCAUUAAUUCAUUGUGCUUCAUAUUGAUUUUUGGCCAAAAUUCAUCCUUAUUAGAUUUUCCAGCCUUUUUAUCUGUUGUUUUUUUUUUUACUUUGUUUUGUACUUUUUUUAUUUGUCAAUGUAAAGUAAUUGGUGUACAUUACAGAGAUACGAGUGCAUUGUGUACAUUACACUGCUGCCACCCGGAGCCUCCAGGGCUUCGGGUCUUUAAAAAAAAGAGAAAAGAAAAGAAAAAAGAAAUAGAACACUUUAGAGAGAUGUAUCAGCUAUCAGUGUCCCAUUUUCAGAACAGAGUAUGUUUCCAGAGCAAGAAGGACUUAUCUAGCAGUAUUGUUCGUUCCGAUAACGUGAGUAUGUUCGUGGCAUCUAAAGCAGCGUUUUAAAGCAGUUACGAGAACAUCAUUCCACACUCCUUGUCGAUGAAGUGCUUUCUCACUGCCUAAGAAAAAAAAAUGAUGUAGAUAUUUGAAAAUGUUUUUGUUUUAAUUUUUUGAAUUAUGGUAGAUUUUCUUUUACUUUAAUUUUUUUUUUCAUUUCUUUCUUUCUCAUUAUUUUCAGGGGGGUGACAUAAAAGAAACAUAAAGAAUACAACUGUUUAGUCAUCCAUAACUGCAGAAAACACAUUCGUUCCAUGUGUAUCUCAGUUCCCUGUGCUAACCAUGAAAGGAUAUAUGACAUUGUGCCAAACUGAAAUUAGCACUGGAGAUGUUUUAACCUAAGUUUGCCAGAAUUUUUACUACUAGUUCUCUCCUCUUGUGUAACUGCUUUAUGUUCAUACGUGUGUUUUUAUUUGAUUUCUGGAAUUAAGCUACUAAUCUAGGCAACACUGGAGUGCGAAACUACCAGGAGGGCGAAAAAUCUUUGUGAGCUUAAUUCCCUCCAAAGAUGUACAAAAUCUGUCUCUCUAUGUUAGCUGAGUGUGUGCUGUAUGUUGAUUGAUGUUUGAGGUGAGAGGCGAUGUUUGUUUCUAACGGGUGGUGGCUUCUACUGUUUGACUUUGGCAAAAGCACCGUAAAACUACUAGACUGAAAUGUUCAUAGAGAAUGAUGAAUAUAUAAAUAUACAUAUAAAUAUAAAAUCUAUAUCAUUUUUAUGUGCAGAUGUCGGUGUCACUAAAAGCAACAAACUUGCAAGAAAAGACUUGUAUAAAAGGAUUCUGUUCACAUAAAUGUUCUGAGAAAAUGAAGAAAAAAAAAAACAAAAACACUGGCAAUGUUGACCCCCGGUCUCAGUUGUGUUGUUACCAAGCUACAUAGAUAAUCAGGCUGGAUUUUGAUGAUGUUCUGGUGCCAGGACAAUAAAUUACUGUUUGCAAUCUUUA